AUGAUCAGAUUCACUGCUCUAGCCUUCUUGGCAUCCUUCCUCACCACUCCCCAUGCAUGUCUAACAGAGCAUAUUGCAAGGGCUGCUCAAGCUUCGACUGCGAACGACUGUGUUGGAAGCCCUGCUCCUGUCAACAACAAGUUUGCCAUCAAAAAUGCUCAAGUUUUCAAUGGAAAUGGCUUUCAAAGCUCAGAGACCAUCAUCAUCAUCAUCAUCAUCAACGACGCUAGAAUUUUCACUGUUGGCGGCAACGUUCCUCCUGGAAUCAACACCAUCGACGGAACAGGGAGGUUCCUCAUUCCAGGUCUCAUCGACAGCGAUGUCCAUCCUUCCAGUUGUAGCAACUUGGUAACCCUUUCUGGCUACGGUGUUACUACUGCAAUCAAUAUGGCUUGUCUGAACUACACAGCUUGUUCCCAGCUCAAAGGUCAAUUGGGCACGACAGACUAUAUCACUGCGGGUGAGAUUGCUUGUGGUACCGGCAGUGUCCAUGCAACUGCCUUCGGGGUACCACCGGCAGAAACAAUUGGGCCCGAUAGAGAUCUCGCUGCCUUUGUCGAUUAUACCUUUGGCAACGGAUCCGACUUUUUCAAGAUCGUCGCUGAGGACAAAGGUCCUACCGUGCAGCAACAAACUACUAUGGUGCAGCUUGCCCAUCAGCUUGGCAGUUUUGCAGCCACACAUGCGACAAUGAUGGAAUACUAUGAUCAAGCCAUUCAGUCCAAAGCUGACAGGAUCCAACAUACCCCUGCCGACGGUCUGCUGUCCAAGGCUCAGAUCAGUCAGAUUCGUAGUCAGGGCCAAUUUGUGACUCCAACCAUGGAGUUUUACCGCCUCGCGUUCGCGAAUCCUGCUCUUGGGCCCGUUCUUGGGUUUAAUGCAUCAUGCAACUACUCCAACAUCCAGACCAAUGUCGCCAACAUGCACGUUGCGGGCGUUCCCAUCGCGGUCGGCACAGACGCCGUUGGGAGCUUUGCUGGAGUUAUCAACUAUCCAUUCGGUCGGUCGCUCCACUGUGAGCUUCAGAACUUGGUAGAUGCAGGAUUUGGCAACGCAAAGGCCAUUCAAGCGGCCACUGCGGGAGCUGCGAAGCUUUACAGGCUGUAUGACCGAGGAUCCAUUGCUACUGGGAUGCGAGCAGACCUUUUGCUCCUAAACAGCAAUCCUGUCGAGGAUAUCACAAACACACUAGACAUCAGUGCGGCUUGGGUGGGUGGGAUACAGGUUAGUGCUAUCAGUGCUCAAAAGGGCCAGAGCUGUGACCCAGCCUCGCUUAGUCCUUGA